AAAAAGGAAAUACUCCGCGUGCGCUUCUGGAAGAGAGGUCAUCUCUCUACCCGAAAUCCGGAAAGGUUCCUACGGUGGAGGAUUGAGUUCCAAAUUCUCCCGUGGUUUUUUUUUUCUCCUCCCACCGAUUACUUGGAAGUUGGACUGAAGCAGAGUUCGGAAAGAAGGAAAAAGUUUGCAUCGGGACUGGAUUUAUUUGCACAACGCAGAAAAGAAGAGAAUCCAAGGGAGAGGGGUUGGUGCAGAGCCGCGAUCACGGAGUUCAGAUGUGUUCUAAGCCUGCUGGAGUGAACACACUGCCAAGACCUGAUGGAGGCCAGAGCUCAGAGUGGCAGCGGGUCGCAGCCUCUGCUGCAGGCGCCCCAUGACAGUGGCAGGCAGCGUGGGGAGCCGGACCCCAGAGAUGCCCUCAUGCAGCAGGUACACGUCUUGUCUCUGGAUCAGAUCAGAGCCAUCCGAAACACCAAUGAGUACACAGAGGGGCCCACCGUGGUCCCAAGACCUGGGCUCAAGCCUGCUCCUCGCUCCUCCACUCAGCACAAGCAUGAAAGACUCCACGGUCUGCCCGAGCACCGCCAGCCUCCCAGGCUCCCGCCCUCGCAGGUUCAUUCUUCAAGGGCCCCUCUGUCCAGGUCCAUCAGCACGGUCAGCUCAGGGUCUCGGAGCAGUACAAGGACAAGUACCAGCAGCAGCUCCUCAGAACAGAGGCUGUUAGGAUCUUCCUUCUCCCCGGGGCCUGCUGCUGAUGGGAUAAUCCGGGUGCAGCCUAAGUCUGAGCUCAAACCCGGUGAGCUUAAGCCACUGAGCAAGGAAGACUUGGGUCUGCACGCCUACAGGUGUGAAGAGUGUGGCAAAUGCAAGUGUAAGGAAUGCACCUACCCGAGGCCCCUGCCGUCGGACUGGAUCUGUGACAAGCAGUGCCUUUGCUCGGCCCAGAACGUCAUUGACUACGGGACUUGUGUGUGCUGUGUGAAAGGUCUCUUCUAUCACUGCUCCAACGACGAUGAGGACAAUUGUGCUGACAACCCGUGUUCUUGCAGCCAGUCCCAUUGUUGUACACGAUGGUCGGCGAUGGGUGUCAUGUCUCUCUUUCUGCCUUGUUUAUGGUGUUACCUUCCAGCCAAGGGUUGCCUUAAACUGUGCCAGGGGUGUUAUGAUCGGGUGAACAGGCCCGGAUGCCGUUGUAAAAACUCAAACACGGUUUGCUGCAAAGUUCCCACUGUCCCCCCCAGGAACUUUGAAAAGCCAACAUAGCAUUAUUAUUAAUCAGGAAUAUUACAGUAAUAAGGAUUGUUUCGCCACCUUUUUUUUUUUUUAACACACAUAUGCAACCAACUAAAUAAACAGCUGUAAUCUCAGCACUGUUAAUAGAGGGAUAGAGUAUUUGUCGUUUGCAGUGAGAUGCUUUUUUUUUUUUGUCCAUGUGCCAUUUUUAACUGAUAUGCUUGCUAGAACUCAGCUAAUGGAGCUCCGAGGGGAGGCAGUGGAAGUUCGUGACCCACAUACUGCAGAAGCUAAAGCAGUAGACACUCCUAGGCAAAGUUUCUCAUUUGUGAAUAGCCCUUGCAAAAUUUGUAAGUUAGCAAAUGACUCCCCACCCCCGUUGUUUUCUCCAGAGAUAAUGUGCUAUAUUUUUGUAUAUACAAUAAUAUUUGCAACUGUGAAAAACAAGUUGUGCUGUACUCCAUAGCACAGUCACAAAAUAUUAUACUAAUAUGUUGUACAUUCGGAAGAAUGUGAAUCAGUCAGUAUGUUUUUAGAUUGUAUUUUGCCUUACAGGAAGCCUUUGCCGUAAGACUCUGAUCUCCCUUUUGGACUUGAUGUAUAUUGUACAGUUACAGUAAAAUUCAACCUUUAUUUUCUAAUUUUUUCAACAUAUUGUUUAGUGUAAAGAAUAUUUAUUUGAAGUUUUAUUAUUUUAUAAAAAAAGAAUAUUUAUUUUAAGAGGCAUCAUAAAUUUCGCCCCUUCUAUGAGGAUGUGACGGUUGCUGCAAAUGAGGGGUUACAGAUGCAUAUGUUCAAUAUAAAAUAGAAAAUAUAUUAACGUUUGAAAUUAAA